UCUCUGAUGUGAAAAAGGUCGAAGAGCAAAAAGGUAAAAACAACUAUUUAAAAAGUGAAUGACAUAUUGUGAUAUUUUCAGCUAGCAUUGCUCCAUUAUAAAUAGGCGUACCAUAGUGAAGGACUGAUAUAGCAUUUUCUUGGCAACAUGAUGCUGGUGUUGUUGUCCUUUGCUGCUUUUAUUUUCUUGGCAUUUUUCUUCAAUAGGAAGCAGCGAAGCCAACUUCCACCAGGCCCCAUAGGCUUCCCUGUUAUUGGUCACCUGCAUCUCCUUGGACCCUUAAUUCACCAUUCCUUUCGCGAUCUUUCAUUUCGCUAUGGUCCUUUAUUUUAUCUCAAUCUUGGUUCUGUACCUUGCGUGGUAGCUUCCACACCAGAGCUAGCCAAGGAAUUCCUGAAAACCCAGGAACAAACAUUCCCUUGCCGUGUGAGUUCUCUAGCCAUCAAACACCUUACUUAUAAUGCAUCUUUUGCUUUUGCACCCUAUGGACCUUACUGGAAGUUCAUCAAGAAAUGGACCUCCUUUGAGCUUUUAGGAAACCGAGUGAUCAACCAGUUUGCUCCCAUUAGAAUUAAGGAAGUGAACCAUUUCCUUCAAAUCCUUUACAGCAAGUCUAAAGUUGGUGACAGUGUAAAUGUUUCUGAGGAGCUGAUGAAAUUGUCAAAUAACGUAAUCUCUCAAAUGGUGUGGAGUGUUAGAUCCUCAGGGACGGAUGGGCAAAUUUCUAGAAGUGUGGUUCGUGACGUGACGCAGAUGUUUGGACAGUUUAAUAUCUCUGACUUUGUAUGGUUUUGUAGGAACUUGGAUUUGCAGGGUUUUCGAAAGAGGUUUGAGGAGACACGGGCAAGAUAUGACAUGUGGGUGGAGAAGCAUGUGACAGCCCGUGAACAAGUCAGAAACCAGAAGAGAAUCAAUGGAGUACAAGAGCAUGAGGCUAAGGAUUUCUUGGACUUGAUACUUGAUCUUAUGGAGGAUGACACUGCAGAGAUUAAAUUAACGAGGGAUAAUGUUAAAGCCUUGAUUUUGGAUUUCUUCACAGCGGGUACAGAUACCACAGCUAUUUUACUUGAAUGGGCACUAUCAGAGCUCAUCAACCAUCCAACAGUUCUUGAGAAAGCUCGAGAGGAAAUAAACAAGGUAGUAGGAAAUAGCAGGAUUGUUCAAGAAUGCGAUACUCCGAAUCUUCCUUACAUUCAAUCUAUCAUCAAAGAAACAUUUCGGCUGCACCCACCAAUUCCUAUGGUCUCAAGAACGUCCGUACAAGAAUGCAAGGUGUUUGGGUAUAGAAUCCCUGCAAAUACUUUGUUAUUUGUGAACAUUUGGUCCAUCGGAAGAGAUCCCAAGUAUUGGGACAACCCUUUACAGUUUCAACCAGAAAGGUUCUUGCAAUAUUCCAAUAACGAGGCUGGCUUGUCGAGUCCCACUGAUGUUAGAGGCCAACAUUUUCAAUUGUUGCCAUUUGGUACUGGGAGGAGGAUCUGCCCUGGCAUUCCUUUGGCCAUGCAAGAAUUGCAUAUGACACUUGCAGCUACGAUUCAGUGCUUUGAUUUGAAGGUGAUCAAUCCCUCAGGAGUUAAAACCAAUGGCAAUGAUGUUCUUGACAUGACUGAACGGCCUGGAUUAGCCACUCCACGGGCCCAUGAACUUGUGUGCAUUCCUGUGGCUCGCAUGCAUCAAGUUCUUGACCAGUUAUGUGUGGAAAAUUCUUAUAUAUGUCAGGAUGUAUGAUUUAAUUUAUAUAUUUAAGAUCUCAUUAAUAAAUAUCUAAGAUCUCAUUAAUAAGAAAUCUAUCACGACCCGAUUUCUGGGCUGGAUCGGUACUAGGGCUUGGGUCAGUUUAAG